AUGAAAGAUAUGAAAAGGAAUUUGAAGAAGGGGACGUUUCCAACCAUUUGGAAAAAAUCCUCUCAAACACUAUCAAAGCGGAGUCGACGAUCGGUGAGUGAAAUUACAAUGUAUUUGCGCUGUGCUUAUCACCAUUAUAUUUAUUUCCCCAUUUACCUGUGACAUGAUUUUUUCUGGCAUCGUUGUUCAACAUUCGUGUAAUGAAUGCUCUGACUAUUUGGACUUCCCAUAUUGUUGCAUGUGUUUUCAUACUUUUCUGCUUUCUUCUCAUAGUUAUAGUAAAACGGGCAUUUGCGCUGAUGAGUGGACGUGAAGUCAAUUCCCCAAUUUCCAGACCUUUCCACUCAAGCGUAAAAUUUAGAAAAAGUGAAGCUACAUAGAAAUCCGGCUCUCUAUUUUUUGAGAGAUUAUCUUGCUGUUACUUUUAGAUUUGACAGUACUCCAAACAUCCCUCCAAGAAAUCUUACAGCAAACUAAGAGUUACACGCGAGUCUUUUAAAACGACCAAAAAUGGACUUAGUCUGAUUUCUACAUUCUAUAAGUUCAGUUACUGUUUGAGGGUUUUUUUUUCGCUUCUAUUUUAAUUCUAUUUUCACUGUCUGCAAAUGAUGCAUACAUUUUAAGGCAAAGAUGUGGUUAAACCUUGCUUCCAUUUCUAGUUUUGAAAACAUCGACAUAAAGCUCAAAUUUAAACUUGUUUUGAAGGGGAGAUAUAAAAAAUGGUCGUACCUAUUUUCAUUUUUAGCUACUAAAUGAAAUUCUGGUUGGUCAAACUACUAGUGAGGAUACAGAGGAAGAAGAGAAUCCUGAAGAAGAGGUCAUCUCUUUGAAAGGAAGUUCUGCACCUGAGGAGAGUGCUGACACUAUGGGGGCUCCCAAUCUCAACCCUGAGGAGUCUCCAGAAGUCGAGGGUGUUCUGAAUACAAGUCAGGGUUCUUUGCUUGAGGUAAAUCCUGAAAAGGAGGGCUGCAUCCCUGAGACUGAGACGGGUGAGAUAAGUGUUGAUGCUGAGAUGGCUUCAGAGGUCCUAGGUACUCCUGGUGAUAAGACAGCUCUCGAGAGCCAAGGGAUUUCAGGCACUGAUGAGGUUACUGAGACCAUGCAGAUCCUGGAGGCUCAGGGAAUCGAAAAAGUGCAGGAUAUGGAUGAAGUUAUGCAGUUUGAUGAAUCAUCAACGAUUCCUGAACUUGAACAGGUUUCUAUGGUAGGCGCAUAACUCUAAUUAAUGUUUAUUUGCAUCUUUGUAUUUUCAUAACAAUGGGAAACUACAUGUGCAUUUAUUUUACAACAAUACUAAAACACAAAAGUUCUUAAGUCUUGUUGUUACAGCCUGUAUUAAUGUUGAAAGUUUGUUUUUUUGUAGGAUACUCCAACUGGACAUGCUGGGAAUUGCACAACAUGCAAAACCCUGAGGAGUGAGGUGACUCAAGAUCAGUGGGUUGAAACCUUUAAGAGCAUACAAGAGCCGAAGCAGUUGCUGAUGGUGAAUACUGGUGAGUCAACAAUAAUUGAUGUUGAUGAGUCAUAUAGGCAUAAUGCCUAUCUUUAUAUUUUUAUUAUAUUUUAUCAAUAUUUGAUUAUUUAAUAAUAAUUAAAAUUUUAAUGGUGAUAGAAUUUUUUUAAUUCCAUUUGUUUAACCCAUUCGCUCCUGGAGAUUUUGCCCAAAAACGCGUUUUGAAGCUAGUCGAGUGGUUUUCUGGUCACUGUCGUGCUAUAAAGAGCUAAAACUUACCACAAACCGGUUUACAGGUUGUACACUUGGCGGCCUUCUGAUGUAGAUGCAAAAUAUCAGCUUGUGAAGUUCGGGCAUGCGCAGAAAGCAAAAUUUCGACAGUUUUUGGGUUUAAAAGUGACACAGCAGUCUUGACUUUUACUUUUCGCUUUCUCUCCUCCCUUCUUUUUUCGCUUUUCUUGCCUCAUUUUUUUUUUCUCUUGCUGGGCAUUUAGUAGGCUUCAUUUUGGUGGGAAGAGUUUUUAGGAAAGCUUUUAGGAUCUUAGGAUUAGGUGAAAGGAAAGGUAGGUGGGUAAUGGAACAAGAUUUUCAUGGAGAUUUUCAGGUUCUUGUCACGUGGUUUUUUGCUUCUUUCUCCGGUGUCCUUGACUGAAUUGUGCUUAUUCUGGUAUGGUUUGAAAGAACUCUUCACUCUACACAAGUUAGCGAAGAAAGUUGUCCUUGACCAUUAAAACUGAUGACGUCACAAAGGGUAGAAAGGACCUGGAUCCGCACGGGCGGUUACGGGCGGUUCAGGGGCGAAUGGGUUAAGCUAUUCAAACUGAUCCAUGGCCAGUAACAAAUGAGACAGAGUUAGGGCUAGGGGAUGAAUCAGAAGAUGAGCAGGAAAUGCAGGACGACGUGUAUGAGGAGUUUGAGUGUGAUGAAGACCCUACAUGGAGUCCUGAAAAAAUCGAAGAUGCAUAUAAAAAACUAAAGGAAGAUGAUGACUCGGUGAAGACUCAUCAGAACCCAAGGUACAAAGAUGCAAAAUUUAUUGCAUUUUAACAUCUUAGCUCUAAGUAUCCUCUGGGAAGUGAUUUAGGCCUAAAACUAACUUCCAGUAUGAGAGGACCUAUUAGGGACCUUUAGCAUCAGGUUCUUCGUGGGAAACGGCAAACCGCAAACCGCAAAAUAUCACGUGACCAUGGCCUUGCGGUCACGUUUGCAGUUUGCAGUUCACGUUUGAACCGCAGGAAGGGCUUCCAGCGGUAAGUGAUUUACGGCAAGGUUUUGUGCCACAAAAUUUUUACAGCCUCGCGUUUAAAGGUAUGAACUAGCUUUUUGUAUCCGUUUGCGAUGUGUUUGUUGGAUUUUUGAUCUCGAAUCAAUGAAUUAUUGCUGAGUUUUGGGCGAUUAAAGUGAUGCACUUCGACUUGAUGAAAACAACAUGGCGGCCCUAAACAAUGAACGCGUAGUUCAAAUCAAUUUUAUAUUCCUUUCUGCCGUACUAACAAAGGAAAGUAUUCUGUUCCAAUCCAGAGUUAAUUUUUUUUUCUAUCUUGUUUCUGAAUUCAUAACUUAACUCAGUCUCUGUUUGGUUCCUAUUUUUAACGUAUCACUCCGCGAAUAUCAUUUUAUUUUGCUUAUCUCUUUUAGACUGGGGAGCCCAGGCUUCAUAAAGCCUUCUGAUUUCUUCUGGGCUCCCUUGCAACCUUACAAUUCCUAUAUGUAUUCUUGUAUUGUAUUGUAUUUUGGCUAAAUAAAAAUGAGCUGUACAGAACUGAACUGAACGCCUUGCUAAAGUUUGAAAUCUCGGCAACGCGAAACUGCAAACGCGUAACUGCGGUUUGCGGUCUGCGGUUUGCGGUUUACCGGAUGCUAAAGGUCUCUAUUUAGAAACAAGAGUACAUGAAUUUUUUUUUUAAUUUACUCAGAUAAGAAUUGCAAAAAAAAAAAAAAAAAAAAAAAAAAAAAGACGCAUAGCCAGCCCACAGACUGGAAGUCCCAGGCCUAAAAAUGUUUGGUUUGUCCACUCAACCACUUGUAAUAAAUUAUGCAUCGUUGGGGUGGGCUAGAUAGCUUAAGGGCUCAAAGUUGUCAUGUGUGCAAUCAACAGAAUUAUUAUAAAAAAGCAUUUUUCAGGAUGUAUGUGAGAAUAAAAUCCCAACCCACAAUUAGCCAGGUUUACAACAAGUUGAAAAACUGGCAACACCCUGAGAAAAACAAUAAAAAUAAUAAUCAUUUUUUUAAUUGUUAUUUUAUUAUUUCAGAUGCUAUGAUUAAAUGAGUAUUUCCUUUCAAUCAUUUUUUACAGGUUGGAUCCACAAGGAAAAAACAUUCGAGAGGAACCGAAGGGAAUUGUUUUCCUUUCCAAACUUCUUCUUUUGUUUCAGUUCUGCCACUUGUGCUUCUUUUCAAAACCCAAACUUUCUGUAUCACAGACAGGUACCUUGUUAACCAUAGAAAGUUUCUGCAGAAACUGUAGCCAGUCAAAAGUCUGGAAGAGUCAGCCAGACCUGCUAGGAAAGUUUCCAGCAGGUAACCUGCUAUUAAGUUUUGCAGUGCUCUGUGAGCUGAGUGAAAAGAAAGAAACGAUACAUUAA